UCUGAAGUUAAUACGUGUUUCUCGAAGCACCCUCUUAUCCAGUUCACCGACAGACAUCCCUCCUCGGAAAGAACUGAACAUGAUGUGGCAGUUGUGUCUAGCAGCUUGCGUCCUAGCCGUGCAUGCACAAACCGAUGCAGCCGGCGGAGACGAUGACAACCGUAUCGUAGGGGGUGAGGAUGCUUCUUACGGUGAAUUUCCAUUGCAGGUGAUGAUACUGCGGGGCGGCCCGGACGGCUCCCUUAUGUGCGGCGGUUCCAUCAUCGCAGAGCGGUGGAUCGUUACUGCCGCUCACUGUGUCGACAGGCAAUCAGCCCACCGACUGGGGGUCAGCGUCGGUAGCCACAACCUGUACAGCGACGACGACGACCAGGAGAAUAUCCAGGUCAAAAGAGUGGUCCAGCACGAGGACUACGACGAUAGGACUAUUGACAACGACAUCGCCCUCCUGGAGUUGGAAACCCCCAUCACGAUUGGUAGUCACGUCGGGACUGUGAACCUGCCUGACGCGGAAAGCGACGUGUCCGGCGGUACCACGUGCACCGUCACCGGGUGGGGAAGGACUUCCGAAGGAGGCUCCUUGGCCAGGGUCUUGCAGAAAGUUGAUGUGCCGGUCGUGGAUCGGGAUGAUUGUAGGGAUUCCUACGGCACCUGGAUCACCGACAACAUGAUCUGUGCUGGCCUGGACCAAGGCGGCAAGGAUUCAUGCCAGGGUGACUCCGGUGGACCUAUGGUGUGCGGCCAAGUCGCCGGCGGGGCGACCCUGGACGGCAUCGUGUCCUGGGGAUACGGCUGCGCAGAGGCCGGCUACCCCGGUGUCUACACACGCGUCGGUAACUACGUCAACUGGAUCAAAACCCAUACCGGUUUACAGUAACUAGGGCUGGCAAACACAGGCAUGAGCCUGUCCUUACAGAGCUUUCUCAGUCUCAGAAACUGGGUACAAAUAAGCUCCGAAUUGCCUGAGAAAUAAAAAAAACAGGAACGAAA